AUGGUGAACUUCAAGGAAGAGCACAGGCGAUGGCUUUUAGAGCGUUUGCCUGCUUUCGGUGCUCAUGCCGAUAAACGUCAAGGCAAAAAAUAUGCGAGCAGUAUUGCAACCGCGUUUCGGGCCCACUUCCCCGAUUAUGCCCCGAAGAGAGACGUCGAUUCUGUUGACCAGCAAAUCUACAUUUUUUUGAAGAACAGUCGAGCGCACGCGGUUGAUUUCCUACAGAAGUUAUCUGUCGCACAUGAGAAACACGCACCACUGAUCAACCAAGCACGUGAACUGAUGGUCACCGACAUUCCCAACUUCGCGGAUCGACUCGCUGAGCACGCCGUUAACACGAAUAAACCCGUAUUCCAAGCGCGACCUGAGUUCUUGAAGUCGUAUUGGGAGAACGAACUUUCGGAAGAGAGACGCAGAGAAUAUCAAGAAUCUGCAGAGCGCCGGAGAGAACAGGUCAAACAGUCGAACGCCGCUGUUCAGGGUACUCGAGGUGCGCCGGAUACAAUAUUCAAUACUAUUGCCACGGUUCAACAAGCCCUGCAAGCGCGUUCUGGGUGGGUGUUCUUGACCUUGGCUGGAGGGCUCGACAUGAGUGGGGCAAGAACCGCGACUCUAAUUGAUACAGGCCGGACGCCUAGUGGAUUGCGCUUCUCCGAGUUCCAUUUGCGUUACGAUACAGAGAUUCAUCGUACUUGGGUAGACUUUGUUAAAACCGCUGGUCCUCAUUUUAUGUCAAAUACACUGUUGUUGUACUGA